AUCCAACGUCAACACAUACGUGGAUUCCUCGUUCCCAUUAUGGUACUCUCGAAAGUCUGACUCCGACAGCUCAACCCUCUAAAGCUAGAUUUCAACUCCGGCCUUAUCCCUCCAUCUUCUCUAUAUAUAUAUCAUUAACACUCAUGAAACUGCAUUAAUUUCUUUCCCCACAAACCAAAGAAAAAACCUACCUUUAACUCUUCAUAAAUUCAUCAUAUUUUACCAGAAAUGCCGAGAAAAGGGAUGAGAAGUUUGUUGUUUUCACCAAAAAUGUCUACUCCUUCUUCCCCCGUAUCUUAUUUUCCUUCGCCAUCGCGAUUUGGAUUCUCGCCGUCUAGGCCGAGUUUUUCCGAGUCAGUGAUGAAUCGUACUCUGGAAAUGGGUGAGCCUAUAAUCAUGAAAUGGAACCCAGAAUCUACCACAUUUGCCAAGGUUACUUCUCUAUUUUACGAUAAUCGCAAGGAAGCAAUAGAUUUCAUCAAGUGGGUGAGAAAUCUACAAAAGGCUAUGAAACUUUUCAUCACGGGAAACUCCAACUCAGAAAAAUUAGUCCGUGCGCAAAAUUUGAUGCAGAUUGCCAUGAAAAGACUCCAGAAGGAGUUUUAUCAGAUAUUGUCCAUGAAUCGAGCUCAUUUGGAUCCUGAAUCCGUUUCCACACGGUCCUCUAUUACCUCGGUUCGGUCUAGCGUAUCAGAUUUUUAUGAUGAGGAAGACGACGAUGAUGAUAUCAGGAUUGUGAAUGAGUGUAUAACAGAAGUAGAAGACGCCUCUAGUAUUGCAAUGGCAGAUUUAAAAUUAAUUGCAGAUUGUAUGAUUUCUUGUGGAUAUGCCAAAGAAUGUUUGAAAAUAUACACAAUUAUCCGAAAAUCGAUAGUUGAUGAAGGUAUUUUCAAGCUUGGUGUGGUAAAAUUAAGUGCUUCGCAGGUUCAUAAAAUGGAUUGGAAUGCUCUGGAAUUGAGAAUCAAUCAUUGGCUCAAUGCAGUGAGAACUGCAGUAAAGACUCUCUUCGCUGGAGAAAGAAUCCUCUGUGAUCAUGUGUUUGCUUCUUCAGAUUCGAUCAGAGAGUCUUGUUUUAACGAAAUUACAAAAGAAGGAGCCAUGAUUUUGUUCGGAUUUCCAGAAAAUGUGGCCAAAAACAGCAAAAAAUCAUCGGAUAAAGUGUACCGUAUUCUGGAAAUGUACACCGGUAUAUCCGAUCGCUGGCCAGAAAUCGAUUCCAUAUUCUCCUUCAGUUCAACGGCCAUCAUCAAAUCUCAGGCUCUGACGUCACUCGUCAGGCUCGGCGAGUAUGUACGGACCGCAUUGUAUGUCUUUGAAUCGGAUAUCGUAAAGGAUACUUCUAAAUCUCUAGUAGCUGGUGCCGGAAUUCAUAAUCUGACGAUCGACGUGAUGAAUUAUUUGUCGGUUCUAUCGGAUUAUAGCAAUAUUCUCUCCGAUAUACUAGCUGAUUCACCACCGGCCGCUGAUAGGACAUCGUUUGGGUAUGUCAAAAAUCGUGUGAAGGUUGUGAUUGACCAAUAA